CGGCGCGAGCCCAGUCUGGGAGUGCCUGAGGACCGACCGCCCAAGCUCAGGUAGCCCGAGCCGACCUGUGCCUACUGCCUUGACUGCCUUGGCCUACACCGACUACCCUACCCUCGCCUAACACUACUACUCAGCACCACCACCACCAUGGCGGAUGAGAAGAAGGACCUGGACGGGGUGGGGCUGGAGAUCGAAGCCCCAGGCGUAUCCCGGGAACCAAUCGUGAUGCCCAACCUGCCAAGACCGCUGACCCUCGACGAGAAAAAGUAUCUGCUCGCCGUCGAAAGAGGAGAUGUCCCGAACGUCAGGAGGAUGUUGCAGCUAGCGCACCACAAAGGGCACAUCAAUAUCAAUUGCCUGGAUCCGCUGGGAAGAGGUGCGCUGACAUUGGCCAUCGACCAGGAAAACUUGGAGAUGGUCGAGCUGCUGGUCGUGCUCGGCGUAGAAACGCGCGACGCGCUUCUGCAUGCUAUCAACGUAGAGUUCGUGGAAGCCGUUGAACUCCUCCUCGAGCACGAGGAAAUCAUCCAUAAAGAAGGGGAGCCUUACAGCUGGGAGAAGGUGGACUGGACAACAGCUCAGUUCACACCAGACAUCACCCCACUGAUCCUGGCUGCCCACCGUAACAACUAUGAGAUCAUCAAAAUCUUGCUGGACCGCGGUGCUACUCUGCCCAUGCCUCAUGAUAUCAAGUGUGGCUGUGAGGAGUGUCUGCGGGAGUCUAGUGAAGACUCGCUGCGCUUCUCACGGUCCCGGGUCAACAUGUACCGCGCACUGGCCAGCCCGUCCCUCAUCGCGCUGUCCUCCAACGACCCAAUCCUGACAGCCUUCCAGCUUUCCUGGGAGCUGCGAAAUAUUGCCUUUGCUGAACAAGAGUGCAAGAGCGAGUACAUGGAACUCCGGCGGCAGUGCCAGCAAUUUGCUGUAGAUCUACUCCACCAAUCACGCAGUUCCCAAGAGCUGGCCAUCAUCCUCAACCAUGACCCUGAUAGUCCACCUUAUGAAGAUGGUGAGCACAUGAAGCUUGCCCGCCUGGAGCUUGCCAUUAACUACAAGCAGAAGAAGUUUGUGGCACACCCCAACAUACAGCAGUUAUUGGCAGCCAUCUGGUAUGAAGGUGUCCCAGGAUUUCGACGGAAAUCCAUCACGCAAAAGCUGCUCCAGAUCACCAGCGUGGCUCUACUCUUUCCUUUCUACUGCAUGCUCUACAUGUUUGCACCCAACACAAACACUGGGAAGCUGAUGAGGAAGCCCUUCAUGAAAUUUUUAAUACAUGCCUCAGCUUAUCUGUUCUUUCUGUUGAUCCUUAUUCUGGUGUCCCAGAGAGCGGAGGUGCAAGUUAUACAGUUAUUUGGAACAGAUAGCAUGAGAAGAGAAUUGGAGGAGCAGCUACUGAAACAACGAGGCAAUCCUCCAACUCUCUUAGAAUGCGUUGUGCUUGUGUACGUUGCAGGUUUCAUCUGGGAAGAAACCAUGGAGAUAUAUGUGGAAGGUCUACGAGAUUAUCUGCGCAAUAUGUGGAAUUUCAUAGAUUUCACCAGGAACUCACUUUACGUGGCAGUUGCAGUACUGCGGUUUGCAGCAUAUAUACAGCAAUCACAAGAGAUUGCUCAUGACCCUGCAACAGCUUACAUACCUCGUGAGCAGUGGGAUGCUUUUGAUCCACAAUUAAUUGCAGAAGGUCUCUUUGCAGCUGCCAAUGUUUUUAGUGCCUUGAAACUGGUUCACUUGUUCUCAAUCAACCCUCAUCUUGGACCACUUCAGAUAUCCCUCGGACGAAUGGUCAUUGACAUUGUAAAGUUUUUCUUCAUCUACAGCUUGGUGCUGUUCGCCUUUGCCUGUGGUCUGAACCAGCUGUUAUGGUACUUUGCUGAACUAGAGAGACAGAAAUGUUACCACCUGCCUGGAGGUCUACCUGACUGGGAAAAUAAUGGUGAUUCAUGCAUGAAAUGGAGGAGUUUUGGAAACUUAUUUGAAUCAUCACAGUCACUCUUCUGGGCCAGCUUUGGCAUGAUUGGACUGGACAGCUUCGAACUAACAGGAAUCAAAACAUAUACUCGAUUCUGGGGACUGCUAAUGUUUGGUUCAUACUCGGUGAUCAAUGUGAUUGUCUUACUGAACCUCCUCAUAGCUAUGAUGUCCAAUUCAUAUGCUAUGAUAGAUGAGCACUCUGACACGGAAUGGAAAUUUGCCCGUACUCGGCUCUGGAUGAGCUAUUUUGAAGAAAGUGCUACACUACCACCACCAUUCAAUAUACUACCCACACCAAAACUCAUUUUUAAGUUACUUGGGCUGCGCAAAAGGGACAAGCUUCGUAGAAUGUCAUCAAAGCGCAAGGAACGAAAAGAGAAGGAACGUGAUUACCGCUACACAGCUGUAAUGCGAUCACUUGUUUGGAGAUAUGUGUCUGCUAUGCACAGGCAUGCUGAAGAAAAUCCUGUCACAGAGGAUGAUAUUAAUGAAGUUAAAGGAGAAAUUUCUGCAAUGAAAUGCCAGAUGCUUGAAGUCUUCCGAAAGAAUGGAAUGGAUGUCACUAGCGCUGACACAAGAGAGAAAGCAAUUCUUGGGAAGAAGAUGCGUAUGUGGGAAAGGCGUCUGAUGAAAGAUUUCCAUGUAGCACCAGUAGCAGCUGAGGAGGAAAUAGAUCAGUUGAUGGAACCACCACCUGAGACUGAAGACUCUUUGGCAAGAUUCCGACGUAUUGCAAAAUUAGCUGUACUCAAUUCAUCUUCCCAUAAAUGGGGACAGCUUGUUCAAGGAGUGUGCCAAUCAUCCCAGAUCGGCAGAUGCAAUAAUCGUGAGUCAUUCAAAAAUCAACAGAAUCUGCAGAAGGCUAUGGAACAGGCUCAGAAGUUGGUCUCACGCUGUCCUGUACCUGGACUCUCACGUGCAGCAUCACCCAUUCCAUUACCUGAGACAACAGGGGAGUCAAUAAUGGAACUACUUAAAGACAUUUCAGAAGAAGUUGGUGGGUCUCCAGCUGGCAGCCAGCCUGGAAGCUGGAAACCACCACGAGCAGGCAACAACAAGAAGAACAAUGGAAGCAGCGGAGGUACUGGAAACUUCCUACAAGUAACCAAUCAGCAGUCACAAACAUCUCGUAAUGUCACUCCUGUGUCAACACUGGUAAAGACAUUGCAACAGCAGCAGCAGCAGCAACCCCAACAACCACUUCAAAAAGAACAGCAACAACAACAAGCAGCAAAGCAACCAAAAUCUAGUGCAAGCACUGAUGAAAACACCAAGCAUGUAUCAACACUUUCUGAUCCAAAGAAAGAGAACUCAUGUGAAGCAGCAAAUGCUCAAAACAGACAACAAGCAUCUAAUCAUCAACAACAACUUCAACUUCAACAGCAACAGAAGCAACAGCAGCAGCAAAUGCAACAGAAGCAGCAGCAGCAAAUGCACCAGCAACAACACCAGCAACAGCAGAAACAGUGCCAGCAGGCUGCCCAGAAGCAGCAGUUGUCACAGCAACAACAAGAAAUAGCUGCAGCAGGAAAGAGUUCUCCAGAAGAUCCAAGUCCCCUUGUGGCACCGCGUAGGGCUCCUGGAGACACUCCUCCAAAAGUUGUUAAGAGGAAAGCACCUGCACCAUGCUCUACUCCAGAUGACAAGGAAAGCCAGCCAGGAGAACCAGAGCAGAAGGCAGCAAACAUUCCAUCAAUUCCUCCACCUUCACAGCAGCCUCCAAGAAACAAGGAGCAGCAGUCAUAUUCGGCACAGCCAGCCAAACAGCGUCAGCAGCCGCAGCAACAACCAUUAGCACCUUCAGCACUUCCAAAGUUUGAAGUAACAUUGGCACAGACCGAAAACAGCACCAAUGCAGCGUGUUCUGCAUCAGGAAGUAAUUUGGUACCAGGGUGCAGUACGGAGCAGCUUCUGGGCUCAACACACAGCUCACCAGAGCCCUUGAGGCCGGGCAAGAGGAUUGAAGAUGUUAACACUAUUAAACGAGUUCCCAAAGAUGGGUGGAUUUAAAAGUAUCACCUUACAUCAGUACUAGAGCAUCUGUACUUCCAGUACUGUGAAUCGACAUUUUAUCUUCACACAACAGCUAGUUCAGCCAUGAAGCUAUGCAUGACUGGCACACUUUCAAUGCAUUUGAUGCCAGAAUGAAAAGAGAUGAAAUGGAAUAUAAAAAUGAGUGCAAGUAAGCAGUACAGAAUUAAAAUUUUCAUAUAACUAUUCCCUGGCACUUAUAAAAUACCAUGUGCCAUUAGCUGAAAACAAAUUCAGAAGAGUAACCAUUCGCUAAAUAGUGUAUUUAUUUCCAUCCUAAUUUCUUAUAUUAAUAAUUGUUACUUUGAAAGUGCAACAUAUGCAUUUUUUGAAGCUGUCUAUGUGUUUCAUAAAGAAGAACAACUUUUGUAUGAUGUCAUUUAACUUUUCAGUUUUUGAAACUGUGUUAAUGGAAACAUGCCACAAGAUUGCAGCUAUCAGCCUGCUUUCUUAUUUCAGCUUUUAUUGACUUUUUAAGUUUUAUUGAGAACUGUAAGAAUUAAAUAUUACUGUAAUUUGUUGCAUGGAAGAAACUUAAUAAAUAUAUGCAGAGAUGAUAA